AUGUAUCACAAUGGCGAUAUGCUACCGCUGAGCUAUGUAAAUGGACAUAUUGCUCACUUUGACUAUUGUGACAAGGAUAAUAUGUCUAUGUGUGAGAUUAUUGCAAUGGCAAAAGAAUUAGGUCAUCAUGGCAUAAUAAAUUAUUGGUAUAAGUUGCCCGGGACGGGAAUUGGAGCUGCCAUGACUCUGUUAAAAAGGGAUGAUGAUGUUCUUGAUAUGGUGGCUUUUGUGCCAGAUGUGAGGAUAAUUGAAGUGUACUUGGAGCAUAUACUAGACUCUGCUCCUUGUGAUGUUACUAACUUAGGGUGGGAUCUCAAUGACUUUGGAAUAGACCUUAGUAAAAGUUCUAAUGUGGGAGUUAGAAAUAGAAAAAAUAUUGUGACUGAGGAGUUAGGAUUAGAUCACUUAGAUGAAGAUGACAAUGCUUGUGAUUUAAUGCAUGCUGAACUAGCUAAUGAGAAGGAUGACAAUGACAACGAAAAUUUAGAGGGAGAUUAUCAUCCUGAAGCUGAUUUUGUUGAUAGUGAUUACAGUGGGGAUGAUGAUUAUGAAGAGGUUGGUUAUAGUGAUGGCAUAACAAGUGGUAUUGAUGUUCAAGCUAGUGGCAAAGAUGGUGGAAGUGCUCAUGUCAAUGCAUGUGCUAAUGAUGAUGUAGAAGAGGAAGAAGACCAUCUUUCAAAUGAGGAACUAAGAAGCAUCCAUGACUCUGAUGAUGAAAAUAAUUCUGGGGGAAAAAGGGAGCCAAAGUUUAACCCUGAAACUGAUAUGAAGGACCCUCAGUUUGAGUUAGGGAUGUUAUUUAGUGAUUGUCAUGUUUUCAGAGCAGCCAUUCGAGAGUAUGCAAUGUUGCACGGUUAUGAGAUGAGAUGGAAGAGAAAUGAGGAAUUUAAGCUGAAGGUUUUAUGCAAAGGCGAAUUCUGCCCUUGGCUAAUUUAUGCUGGAAAGAGAGCUUCUAAUGAUUAUACAUUGCAGGUCAAAAAAUAUGUUGGAGAGUAUUCUUGUUUAAGGGUUUAUAAUAAUCGCACUUGUACAGCAGAUUGGUUAGCAAAAAAGUUCAGAAAGAGACUACAAUCAGAUCCAAAUAUGCCUGUAAAAGCAAUAGUAGAUGCUGCCUCUGAUGAGUGGACUGUUGGGAUUUCUAACAUGAAAGCAUAUAGAGCGAAAAGACAAGCAAUCGAUGAAAUAGAAGGAACCCUGAAAAAGCAAUAUGAUAGGCUUUGGGAUUAUUGUGAAGAGUUGAAGAGGACUAAUCCUGGCACUACAACUAAAAUGCAAUGUGACUUCGUUGAUGGCUAUCCAAAGUUCAAAAGGUUGUACAUAUGUUUGGAAGCUUGUAAGAAAGGGUUCAAAGAAGGUUGUAGAUGUUUGGUUGGGUUAGAUGGUUGCCAUUUGAAAGGAGUUUAUGGAGGACAAUUACUAACUGCUUGUGGCAUUGAUGCUAAUAAUGAAACAUGGGUCAUAGGAUAUGCAGUAGUAGAGUUGGAAUCAAGGGAUUCCUGGACAUGGUUUCUUGAGCUAUUGGUGCAUGAUUUGAACAUUGUAAACCAAUAUGGUUGGACUUUCAUUUCAGACAAACAGAAAGGACUUCCUGGUGCGUUUAAUGAUGUACUUCCCAAUACUGAGCAUCGCUUCUGUACAAGGCAUCUUUAUACAAACUUUAGAUCAAAGUUUCGAGGGAAAGUGCUAAAAGACAAACUGUGGGCAGCUGCAAAGUCUACUACACAGCCUUGGUUUAAAAAACACAUGGAUGAACUCAAGGUCUUGAGCAAAGCUGCAUUUGAUUGGUUGGUUAAGUUCCCAGCAGAGUAUUGGUCAAAAUCACACUUUCGAACUUAUGUUAAGUGUGACAUGCUAAUGAACAAUAUGUGUGAGUCCCUUAACAAGACUAUCCUUCCAGCUAGAGAUAAACCAAUUAUCACUAUGCUUGAGUUGAUCAGGAAAUGGCAAUUAGGAGGUAUUCCUUGCAAGCAUGCAAUCGCUUCAAUACACUACAUGGGUGGAAUGUCAAUAGACACCUUUGUUGAUAAAAUGUUGUUAACAGAGACUUAUUUCAAGGCUUAUAACAACCUUAUCAACCCAAUUAAUGGUGAGAUGAUGUGGCCAAGAACAGAUUAUCCAGCUCCAGUUCCACCUUCUUAUACUAGGCAACCAGGAAGGCCAAGGAAAGUACGGAUAAAAGAUCCUUUCGAGAAGGAAGACAAUUCAACAAGAACUACGCUUGGAAAGACUGGAGCAGACACAAUCAAAGAUCAUGUCAUCGACAUCUUCCUCCAAAACAAAAGCCUGCCCCAAAACCAAGAGGAAGGCCAAGAAAAAAAUCCACAAAUCAGUGCAGCUGCUACACUACAACCAAUAACUACUUCAAUAUCUACAUCUACAUCUGCAAGAGGAGCUGUACCAUUUUCCUCAUCUUCUACAAGACCAACUCCACUAACACCAUCCACUACUCAUGCACCUCUGCAACGUAAUGUUGGUAGAAAAUCAUCAACACCCUCUACUCAGGCAAGCCAAGCAUCGACGGCUUGUACAUCUAAUGCUAGGAAAAGAGGAAGACCACCAAAGAAGGCAUAA